AUGAUUUUUUCACCUUAUUUAGUUUAUUCAUUAUCAAAAGCAAAUAACUUUUUAUCUUAUAAUAAAUGUAUGCAAAGAAUGAAAUGUCCAGUCACUCGUAAGGAAGAGUGUAGUGAAGAAUGUCAUGCAGGUAAUACUGAAGAAGAAAUUGAAGAACAUAAAGAAAUAAUAAUCGGCGAACAUCGAAAUUCAUUUCGGAAAAAACCUAAACCAAAAUUUGAUGAUGAAGAAUUAAAAAAUUUAACAAUAAAAAAUGAUUUCUAA